AUGGAGGCCAAGGUGUUUGAGGCGGUGGGGACCAAGCUGUUCCUCCAGGACAAGGAGGCCACUUUCGAGGACACGGGCUGCAGCCUCUACUGUUUCCAGGACUGUGGCUCGCUGCCCGGCUCAGCCAUUAAGGCUGGGAAGGAUGGGGACACAGAGAAUAUGGCCCCUGAGGACUUAGUGGGGAAGAGGAAGAAAGGCUCUAGUGGUGGAGGUGUGGAAGCAGCAGAUGUUGCUGCAGACGGUGGAGCUACCCGUGCUGGACUGCAUCCUGGCGACUCCGACCCGGGGGGCCCAGCCCCACCCCCAGGCUGCCGCCCUGCAGCUGCUGCAGAGCCACCACCAGGACCUGGUCAUCUCCAACACCUGCCUGGCCGUGAGCUGCCCCAGACCCUCAACCUUCCCGAGCUGGACGCAUGGCUGGUGUCAGCCGCCGACUGCCUGGAGCUCUUCCCUGACCAGCUGAUCGUGUUGGCGGGGGAGCACCUCCUCCAGCAGGGCAGUACCACAGAGGGGGCAGAGAGGCUGGCCGGCCAGACGAAACUGCUGUUUGACACCAUGGCCAAACACUACGGAGGCCAGGAGAGGUCCCCGCUGCUCACCGGACGCUACCUGGACAUCCACACGGCCAUACUGGACCUGCUGGACUGUGGGAAGGUGGAUGAUGCUUUCAGGGCCUAUCAGCUGUGUCUGCAUCUGCAUCUGCUGAGGCCUGCUGGGAGAGACGAGCUGAGGAGGCUCCUGGCCUUCAUGGCCACAGCAGCCCAUCCGGAUGCAUGCCGUCUGCACAAACAGACAGACAACAGAGCCCUGGUCAGCAGGACAUUUCUGAAGGCCAUCGUGCAGAAUAAAGAGCUAUCUCGUACCCAGAGCGAGAGGCUGCUGCUGUUUCUGAUGGACAACCACACUCAGCUCUUUAAGACCCCCACAUCGCUGAUUGAUGCUGUGAGGAGAACACUGCAAAUCCUGCAGCAAGGAAGAGAUCCAAACAACAUUGCGAUGUUUACGUUCUGCCAGCAGGUGUCGCUGCAGCAGUAUGAGGAUCAGUGCGGGGCGGCCACCCUGGAGAGCCUGAAGCAGCUGAUCAGGGACAUCAGCCUGAGCAAGGCCCUGUCUGUCAAGGAGAGGAGGAGGCUGGUCAAGGAGUUCCAGAAGCACCAUCCCAUAGUCUUCUCCUCUACUUUCUAGGGGGGGAAAGGGAAUGUAAUGAGUGGUGGUAGACCCAAUCCAAAAUCAAACCUUACCCCCGCCAUGCUUUUGUAGUUUUGGAAGGUUUGGAUUAGUUCUAAGCAAUUCCAGGUAUAAGUGUUCCACCAAUCAGAGGGUAAGGUCAUUCCAGGGCUAUGUUCAGUUGCUAAAUGUUCUUGAACAUUACAGAUUGAAAUGAGCCGAUGUGAUUCCUUAUCAUACAUGUCAGAGGCAUGUUUGAUCUACAUAGCGUAUUUAUAUCUGAACGUUCCAUCCUGCUGAACGUGCCCCUGGUCUACACAAGGGCAUACUGCAUAGAGGGGUUCAUUUUGGAAUUGGGCAGUAGGGAUCCUUGUCGCCUUAACAAGCGCAUUUGUUCUUUGUUAUGCCAACAUUUUCCACAGUGCUGGCAAUAGUUUUGUCCCAAGACAGGAUACAGUAAGUUUUUGCCAGGUGAUUAUCAGGACUUUUUGUUACAUAGGAUGAAAUGACUCUUCUGAUUUGAUGUAGGCCUAGUUAGUGUUGUCUUUUAGUGAUGUUACUCUUACAAGGCUUUCCUUUUCAAGCCUUCUUAUGACUUCGGCUUCGGGAAUGCAUUUGCACUAGUUUGUAGGCCAUAGUAUGAUAGUAGCAAUUUUUUGGUUCUAACAAGGAGAGAUGCACUAACCCUGGUGCCUCAAGGGUUUAUUUCUGGUGAAUGAGAGCAUUCUCUGCUUUCCUUAGCUGAUGCCUGUCAGGAAAACCUUUUGAUUUUGUUCAAAUCUACACAGGGGAGAAUGUGUAAUGUUGGUGAAACAUUUAUCUAAAACUAACAGGCAUAGGAUCUAACUGAAUUUAUUCAGGGCUGGUUUUGGUAUCAAGUGGCUAGUUUUCUCAGGUAGAUUUUAUUUAGGUACUGUAAAUAGUUUAGGCUGGAUAUUAAGCUUGAAUAGGAAUCUCUUUUGAUGAGUAAGCAUUACACUUUAUUUCUAUACCUUAAAUGAAAUGUAACACAAUUAUUGUGUUGACAGUCUUAAUAACAAAUGACGUAUUGUUUUGGAUUUCGUUGACUGCAUCUUAUAACUGGUAAAGGGAAUAAUGCUGGUAAAUGUAGCACUACUUUUACAUCUGUAUAUUUCCUGUUGGGGACAAACUGAAUUAUUUGAAAUUGUAUUAAUUUAGUUAUUUGUGGAACUGUUUCACACUGCUGUCAAGAACAUGUUUCAUAUCUGUUAAUCACAUCGUUGACACUAACUAUUCUAUUGGAUUGUAAUAGGCUUUGAUUGCAUGGGUUUGCAAGUUUAAUCAUAAGGUGGAAUGUUUAAAAUGCAGCCAAAAGUGUUUUAUUUUGUAGUUUGUUGGUGGUCUUACAAAUGAAUGCUUUGUCUCAAAUAAGUGCCAUGUUUUUAGCUUAACUUGAAGGUUGAGUGAAUUAACUUAUUGAAAUGAGUGUAAAUCAUACAAUCCAGGGGUGUAUUCAUUAGUUGCACACCCUAGGAAAAAGUUGUGCAACGAAAAUGAGUUUCUGUUGGACAAAUUCAAAUGGGUCCCUGUUUGUUUCUGUUUUCCUCUGUGUGGUUCCUAGUGAAUACACCGGAGUUACUUUUUGUGAGUUACAUUGUUAAUUAAGUUGUUGCAUCAUUGGUACUGUUUUAAAUUCUAGAGCAUUUUCUGUACUGCAUGUUCCUGCCUAGUUUUGAGCUUUACAUACAGUGCCGUGCGAAAGUAUUCGGCCCCCUUGAACUUUGCGACCUUUUGCCACAUUUCAGGCUUCAAACAUAAAGAUAUAAAACUGUAUUUCU